CUUGACGUCAGGAGGAAAAUUGCUACCACUCACAACCUGUUUGUUAGUCGAGAGCGACACUUUUAUUAUUAGCUCGGUUGGCUUUAACUCGAAAGGAGAAGUGGUCGUUAAACUGGCAGACGGCACGUCAGAGCGACGAGCUCGAAUGCUGAGGAAAAGGACGCAAAGACUCGAAAAAGGGUUUUGUUUUUUUAACAUCCCUCAAUGUAGCUUGUUAGCUCGCUAGCUAACAGCUAGCUAACACUGCGCCUUCCUCUUCCUUCUGCUUUUUUUUUUUUUUGGUGUGCAUGCUAGUUUUUGUGUGUGCAUGCUAGAUCCCCAGCAGCUUGUAGGGCUAACCAGGGCCCGAAGGCGGUGUCAGGUUUGAACAUUCAUCCCGGGGCUGUCAACCGGACUAACCGUCCCCCGGUCACCGAGUAGAGUUAAUGGCCGGAAAUCCGAGGAGGGGCGCGGGUCUCAUCGGCUUGAUGAAGGACGCCUUUCAGCCCCACCAGCAGCCUCCGCAGCCCCCGCAGCCCGCUGUGGUCGACAAGAAAAUGGUGGAGAAAUGCUGGAAACUCAUGGACAAGGUGGUGCGUUUGUGCCAGAACCCCAAGGUGGCACUCAAGAACAGCCCGCCCUACAUCCUGGACCUGCUGCCGGACACCUACCAGCACCUGCGCACCGUCCUGUCGCGCUACGAGAGCCGCAUGGAGAUCCUCGGCGAGAACGAGUACUUUCGCGUGGUUAUGGAGAACCUGACCAACAAGACCAAGCAGACCAUGAGCCUCUUCAAGGAGGCCAAGGAGAGGAUGUUCGAGGAGAACUCCCAGCCAAGGCGAAACCUCACCAAGUUGUCGCUCAUCUUCAGCCACAUGCUGGCCGAGCUCAAAGCCAUCUUCCCCAACGGCCUCUUCCAGGGAGACAAUUUUAGGAUCACCAAAGCCGACGCCGCAGAGUUCUGGAGGAGGUCCUUCGGCGACAAGACCAUCGUUCCGUGGCGGACGUUCCGCCAGGCCUUGCACGAGUUCCAUCCCAUCAGCUCGGGCCUGGAGGCCAUGGCCCUCAAGUCCACCAUCGACCUCACCUGCAACGACUACAUCUCCGUUUUUGAAUUUGACAUCUUCACCAGGCUCUUCCAGCCGUGGUCGUCGCUGUUAAGGAACUGGAACAGUCUAGCCGUCACACAUCCAGGCUACAUGGCUUUUCUCACCUACGACGAGGUGAAGGCUCGCCUGCACAGGUUCAUCCACAAGCCCGGCAGCUACAUCUUUAGGCUGAGCUGCACCCGCUUGGGCCAGUGGGCCAUCGGUUACGUGACGGCCGACGGAAACAUCCUGCAGACCAUUCCCCACAACAAACCUCUUUUCCAGGCGCUCAUCGACGGCUACAGGGAGGGAUUCUAUUUGUUCCCAGAUGGUCGUGCACAGAACCCAGACCUAACAGGCCUGUGUGAACCUUCUCCACAAGACCACAUCAAAGUUACCCAGGAGCAGUACGAGUUGUACUGCGAGAUGGGCUCCACCUUCCAGCUGUGCAAGAUCUGCGCCGAGAACGACAAGAACGUGAAGAUCGAGCCGUGCAGGCACCUCAUGUGCACUUCCUGUUUGACCGCCUGGCAGGAGUCGGAGGGUCAGGGCUGCCCCUUCUGCCGCUGUGAGAUCAAGGGCACAGAGCUCAUUGUGGUGGACCCCUUCCACCCCAAGGCCGGCGGCGGGGCUUUCGCCGGCUUCCAGGGGUCCAGCAGAGCAGAGGCGGCCGCAAACGACGAGGACGAUGAUGAACGGCUGGAGGACCACAACCUUGUCAUGAGCAGGCUGGCCUGCAGCAAGGUGGAGCGUCCUGCAUCCCCCGUGUCCCAGCUGCCUCCGGUUCCUCCCAGACUGGACCUCCUGCAGCAGAGACCUUGCAGCUCCCAGCAAGCAGCAAAGAUGGGGGCCACACACCGAGACAAGCCGCUCCCGCUGCCCCCGGCGCUGAGAGAGCUGCCGCCCCCGCCGCCUCCCGAGCGCCCCUCCCCCCUGGCGGGUCAGGACCCCAGAGUCCAGAGGCGACCGCUGCCCUGCACCCCCGACACUCCAGCCUGGGCCUCCAACUACAUGGUGCCCCGAUCCGUCUGCAAGGCGCCCGCUGCCUUUUCUCAAAGCGCCGGCGCGGAGGGCGGUAAAGCCCAGGCGGCGACCAAUGCCGUGUACUGCCUGACCGCCAGGUCGCUGCCGACGUCGGCCGUGUCCAGCAGGGAGAAGUUGUCCACCGACUGCGAGGAGAACGAGUACAUGAGUCCCACCUCCCUCCCAGCCUCCGGCGCCCCGUGGAUCAUCACGGGCGCCUUGGUGCCCCCUGCCCCGCCUCCGCCGUUGAGCCAAGCAAACCAUCAGGACGAUGCCAGCGCUGACGGGCUUGACGCCGACUCGGGGGACCCUCAGGUGUACGAGUCCAUGUGCAACAUCCAGGCCGGCUGCUCCGAGGCGACCAACCACGAGCGUCCUCCGCACAGCUCCGUGGUCGCCCAGGCCGAGUCCCUGGACGCCUCCUUGGAGGACGUUUACGAGUACGACUGCCCGCGACCCGUGGCCCCCCCGGCGCCCGCCAGGCGAGCUCUGUCGGACAUGAACGGCCCCUCCAGCGCCUUCAGCUCGCUCAGCAUCGACGGCGCGGUGGAAGCGAGUUUGUUCGCGUCCGACCCGGAGCGACCCCCCAAGCCCCUCCCGCGGCGGGCCAACUCGGACCGGCGGGCGCAGCGGACGCUAACCCGCGAGCUCCCCGCCCCCUUGCUGGAGCGCCCCUCCUCCUCCCACACUCCACCGCCCGCGCCCUCGGCGAGCGGCGGCGGCGUGGCGCUGAGCGGCGAGAUCGAGUGUCUGAUGUCCCAGGGCUACUCCAUCCAGGACAUCCAGAAGGCGCUGAUGAUCGCGCAGAACAACUUGGAGACGGCCAAGAACAUCCUGAGGGAGUUUGUGUCCGUCCCCUCCGCCACGCACAUCGCCACAUAGUCACUCCCUUUUCUCUUUGCCCCGCCACCCCAGCUGUCCGCUUUGUGCCAUCUUCUCGUCGCCAGGGCGACUUGAACGCACGGAAACCUUCACGCCACAAAGAUUGUUCCAUCGUGUCCCCAAUGCUAAUAACAACAUCGCUAACUAACUCACUCUCCGCACGCGCUCGCUAACGACAUGAAAAUGUGAUUCUGGUACUCAUGCGGUGGAACCUCCGUUUACCAACUUCCACGUUGUUGAAGAAGCAACCACAAGCUCAACGUCCCUUUGGUGCCCUCAAAAGCGUUAACAACCAUGUUGCUACAAUAAUAAAGAAAAGUCAAAACUUUGGUGAA